AUGUGUUUUGGUACCAGAAGACUGUUUUAUGUUCCUUUAAUGAGUUUUACACUCUCGACAUUUGACACUUCAUUUGUAUCAGAAAGUAAAGUGAAAUUUAAUGAAUGUUUGAUGCCAUCGAGUGGAAAUCUAAUGAAAAAUCAUUUAUCUUGGCACAAAGAAUCUCCACAUGUUCACAAAAAUCCAUUUCAAUAA